AUGGGCAAGGUCCUGCCCACUCACCGUUCUGCCCAUUCCGCAUUCGGUGGCUUGACUCAACCCGCUGUCACCGAGGCUAUUCGCUUGUUAUCGAAGGGUCCCUUCCCCGUUGACCACCACCGCGCUUUACCCGAACUUCAGCACUGGAGCCGGCACAAUGUCUGUGUCGAUCCAUUCUCGGACCUGCCAGUCGCUUACACAACCGAUGGCAAGGACUCACACAUGGCACCUACCGCCUACGCCUGCAACUCGAAUUCGUGGGUCCAUAUCUUCCCCGAAGGCAAGAUUCACCAGUCGCCACGAAAGACCAUGCGCUAUUUCAAGUGGGGAAUCGCACGGCUCAUCUUAGAGCCGAAAGAGUGUCCGGAUGUUGUUCCGAUGUGGAUUGAAGGCUUCGACGAUGUUAUGCACGAGAGUCGGGAAUUCCCACGAUUCCUUCCUCGGCCCGGCAAACAUGUCAGCGUUACCUUUGGCUCCAAGGUGGACCCGGAUGCUGUAUUUGGAGAAGUGAGAUCUCGGUGGCAAAAGUUGAAAGAGAAGGUCGAGAAGAAAUACCCUGAUUCCCGGGAUCUGCCCCUAGGGGUGCUGAGCGAUGAACUGUUGAACGACAAAGAAGCCGUCGAGCUGCGCAAAGAGGUCACCUUUAAGAUCAGGAACCUUGUCUUGGACGUUCGCCGAUCUCGCGGACUGCCCGACGAGGACCCGAAGGAGGGCUUGGUGGAUACCUGGCUGGAAGAGGGUUCCAAGCGUGAGGGCCAUAUGAAGGAUGAUUCUUGGGUUCGGGAUAUCUGA